AAUAGUAGAGAGUCUCUGAUUUGGAGUAGUUGCAGAAAAAGGUGCGUUUUUUGAGGAAUCAUCGCGAAAUAAGGCUGAAAAAUGUUAUCAGCCAUGAUCAAGGAUCAUCAGGCCAAACAGGCGGCCAAAAAGGAAGAGCAAGAACGGCGUAGGAAAGAAGCUAUCUUGUCUGCGAAUGAGUUAACCCAAAAUCUGGUGGACCAUCUCAAUGUGGGUGUUGCUCAGGCGUAUCUGAAUCAGAAGCGUUUGGAUGCCGAAGCCAAACAGCUGCACAUCGGUGCUACCAAUUUUGCGAAGCAGACCUCCCAGUGGCUGGCAUUGAUCGAGAAUUUCAACGGUUCCCUCAAGGAAAUUGGUGAUGUGGAAAAUUGGGCCAAAACCAUCGAGAGUGAUAUGAACGUGAUAACCACUGCCCUUGAGAUUGCCUACAAGACGAGCCGGGAAAAGUAGGGGCCAACCACAGGACCUUACUGUGCGACUGUCGCCUAAAAUUCUACAAAUAAUACCGUAUCACUUAGUUAUCCACUAGUUUUAAGAAUGAACCAUGAUUACAAAUCAGCUUACAACAGCGUUUAACACGAAUAAAUCAUUCCAAAGCCA